AAAAGGUGAAAUCUUUUGGAUUUUUUUCAUCCUAAGCAAGAACACAAGAACAAAUUUGGACCCGUACGUGUCAUUGAUAUUUGACCCAGAAUCCUAUGGAAGUAGUUUUCGUAUCCAUACGUGUUAUUGGGGCUGAAAAAAUGGAUCUUGUGUGAGCUACAUCAAAAUAGUACAACGAAAAUGUUCUUAAGACAAACACUUGGAGAUGAUAAACCAAAAUUCGAUUCUCUCUCUGUUAGCAAAAUGCAGAAGUAUGAGUGAAUUGAAAAAACUGCAUGGGUUAAUAGUCACAACCCCAACUAUUAACUGCAUAGUCCCCUUGAGCAAGCUUAUUGACUUCUGUGUAGAUUCAGAGUUUGGGGACAUCAAUUAUGCAAACUUGGUAUUUCGCCAAAUUGAUACCCCAAGCGUUUACAUUUGGAACUCCAUGAUACGAGGUUUUGUUAACUGUCACAAUCCAAGAAUGUCUAUGCUUGUAUAUAGACAAAUGAUAGAAGAUGGAUAUUCCCCCAAUUCCUUUACUUUCCCAUUUGCACUCAAAGCAUGUUGUUUAAUUGCCGAUCAAGAUUGUGGAAAAUGCAUUCAUAGUUGCAUAGUGAAAUCCGGGUUUGAAGCUGAUGCCUAUGUUGCUACUGGAUUACUCCAAAUGUAUGCGUCAUGUGCAGAUAUGAAGUCAGGACUGAAAGUGUUUGGUAAUAUUCCCAAGUCGAAUGUGGUUGCUUGGACUUGUUUGAUUGCUGGGUUUGUGAACAAUAACCAACCAAAUGAAGCUUUGAAGGUGUUUGAAGACAUGAGCCAUUGGGGUGUCGAGCCUAAUGAAAUAACUAUGGUGAAUGCUUUGGUUGCCUCUGCUCUUAGCAGAGACGUUGACAGUGGACGCCGGAUCCACCAGCGCAUUCGUAAGGCUGGUUAUGAUCCCUUUGUUCCCACACCUGAUAGUAAUACCAUUCUUGCAACUGCAAUUCUUGAUAUGUAUGCUAAAUGUGGUUGCUUGAAGAUAGCAAGAGACCUGUUCGACAAAAUGCCCAAGAGAAACACUGUAGCUUGGAACAGUAUAAUUAAUGCCUACAAUCAGUAUGAGAGGCAUCAGGAGGCGCUAGAUCUCUUUUUUGAUAUGUGGACUUGUGGGAUUCAUCCUGAUAAGGCUACCUUUCUGAGUGUUUUGAGUGUUUGUGGCCAUCUCUGUGCUCUGGCAUUCGGACAAGCUGUUCACGCUUAUCUAUUAAAAACUAACAUUAUUGCAACAGACAUUGCCCUUGAUACUGCUCUUCUUGACAUGUAUGCCAAGACUGGUGAGUUGGGAGGUGCACAGAAGAUUUUCAGCAGUUUGCAGCAAAAGGAUGUGGUGAUCUGGACUAGCAUGAUCAAUGGUUUAGCCAUGCAUGGUCGUGGAAAUGAAGCAUUGAGAAUGUUUCAAAUAAUGCAAAAGGAUAGUUCUAUAGUCCCUGAUCACAUCACCUACCUAGGAGUUUUAUUCGCAUGUAGUCAUGUUGGACUCGUUGAAGAGGCUCAAAAACAUUUUAGACAAAUGACAGAAGUGUACGGUAUAGUGCCAGAAAGAGAGCAUUAUGUUUGCAUGGUUGAUCUUUUGAGUCGGGCUGGUCGUUUGAUAGAAGCAGAAAGAUUAGUGGGGACAAUGUCCGUAAAACCAAAUACUGCCAUAUGGGGUGCUCUUUUAAAUGGCUGCCAGAUUCAUGAAAACUUGUGUGUUGCUAAUCAAGUGAAACCACGACUAACAGAGCGGGAACCUGGUCAAAGUGGGGUUCAUGUUCUUCUAUCUAAUAUAUAUGCAACGGCUGGCAUGUGGGAAGAGGUAAAUGUGACUAGAAAAGUUAUGAAGCGUAGAAGGAUCACAAAGACAAUUGGUCACAGUUCGCUUGAAAUUAUAUAAGUUUGUAUAAUUUGAUACAAGUGUAUGAAGUGUAUCAAACAGAUGUGAUUCAGAAUCCAGAGUGCUAAAAUUUUGUACAGUAACUCCCUUUUUUGUGCUGUCACUCUAUGUCAUAUGCUGCCACACAUGAUAGAGAUUUCUUUGUCACAUAUAACUUCUUUCCGUCUUGUUUCAGUUAGUUAGUUGAUUUGUUUUCUGUUUAUAGACUGUUUCCUUGAAUCCCUUUAUCUUCAAGCACUCACAAACUUUUGUGUUACUAUGUUUUUGUUUUUCAUAAUGAGAAAUUCUCUCUCCAACAAUUAAAUGGUAUCAAUUUAACACCUUUCGUCUUUGUCUUCUCUUUGCCUUUUUGUCCUCUUCUAUGUGUUUCUCAAUGGUGAACCUAGCGCUCUUUCUUAUCACCUCAUGAAUCCUGUGAAUCCCCUUUUUCUUCAUCCAAGGGGAAAUCUCGCUCUUGUUCUAGUGUCCCCUUUCCUUUCUGAUAAUAAUUACUAGCAAUGGAAAUACGAUAUGCUUGUUGCACUCGAAACCAAGAACAAAGACAAAGUCGUUCUUGGCAUUUUUUCUUGUCCACCUUCCCAUAGUCCUCUACAUGAAGCUGGGAAACGAUGCAACAGGAUGGUCAUAUAUCGGCUUACAAGAUCAAUGACACCUACUAUCAAACAAUCGGUUAUGUGGAUGGACUCUCGUUCCGAAAUUUGGAAUAAUAUUCAUCAAAGUUUCUCUCAUGGUGAUAAGUUUAUUAUCUACAAGAAGAACUUCAAAACUGUUGGCAAGGUGAUUACACAGUUUCUUUAUACU